AUGCAGCGUCAGCUCCUCGCCGCCGCCGCCCGCGCCGCCCGCGCCCCGGCCACUCGCUCCACAGUCCAGCGCCGCUUCGCCAGCACCUCCGACAACGCUUUCAUCAGGGAGCGCGAGGCCGCCAAGCACCACGCUGCCAGCACUACUGCCCUCUGGCGCAAGAUCUCCAUCUACGGCUGCAUCCCCGCCCUCGGCCUCGCUGCCGCCAACGCCUACGUCCUCUGGAACGAGCACUGGGAGCACUGGAGCCACCUCCCCCCUCUGGAGGAGCGUACCGAGUACUCUUACCAGAACAUUCGCACCAAGAACUACCAAUGGGGCAACGGUGACAAGACCAUCUUCUGGAACGACAACGUCAACUACCACAACCCGGACAAGGCUUAA